AUGACAUCCCCGGCAUCGCCAAACACCCUCUCGGCGAGCAACCUGCAGGUUCUCCCUCCUAUUUUGACCGAUAACUCAGUCAAGCCAUCUCAGAGCGCAAGGGAUCGGCUAUCCACAUACUCGAAUAUCUCCUUCGUCUCUCAGCAGAACCGGUCACGGCCUGGCUCCCACGUGUUCCCCAUCUUCCAUUCCAGCCUCCCGUACGCCCUGGUUCGGGACUUCGCUUACCCAUCAAUCCAUCCGUUGCACUAUGGGCCCCCUCCAUCACAUGCCUCGGGCGUGUCGACCCCCGCUAGCGAAUACCGUCGCUUGUCCGAUCCGCCGACUUCUUGGGACACCUCGAAGGGGCCAUGGGCUACUACGGGUGGAUGGAACGCGGAGAGCACUCAAGGCCACCAACAAUUACCGGCCAUGUCGUUCGGUGAUGGACCUCCAUACAGUGAAGAUGAAGACCUGCACAGUCCCGUGGUGACCUCAUCGCGCCAGCGCAAGAAGUCUACUGGAAACGAUCUGAACGGCAUGGUCGAUGAGCACGGCAUGUUGGUCGCUGGAAAUGCAACCCGCGGUACAUUUGUUGGUCUGAAUCCUGAUGGGAGCGAGACCUACUAUGUCAAUGGUGGAGAUGGAGUGGGAGAUGGUCCUGGUGGGGAAUACGUGACAUACCCUGCAAAUGAAGGACAAUACUCGGUAGCGUACGGCGGCCAGCCAGGCUAUGCGCAGGAACCUGGCUUCGAGUCAGAAGACGACUACGCCCGCGGAGAUCGAUACUCGAACGAUUAUCAAUUUGCUGUUGGCUGUCCGGACGAGGAAAUGCAUGGAAAGGCCGUCGCACUCUUCGACUUUGUGCGCGAGCACGAAAACGAGCUCCCUCUCACCGAGGGCCAGGUGAUCUAUGUUUCAUAUCGGCAUGGUGAAGGCUGGCUAGUCGCUGAAGACCCGAAGACAGGAGAAAAUGGCCUGGUUCCAGAACAGUUUGUUCGACUUCUGCGAGACAUUGAAGGUGGCCUGACCUCGUUGAACGGGGAGCCCAACCUGGAUGUCACUGAAGUCAGCUUGUCAACCAGCAUGGAUAUGACCGAGGAUGAACAUGUUUCAACACCCACCCAAGACAAUCAUAGAGGCACGAAUGGCGAUACCCCGGUGUCAGUUUCUGUUUCAAAUACAGAUCAAUCUCAAUCUACAUCAGAGACUGGGAAGACUGUUGGAUCUGGCAACCGAUCCAGCAUGAUGACAAAGACUUGA